AUGAGGCAUAAUUACCAAAAGUGUUAUGCAUUUCGUGCAUCUGGUAUCACACUAGGAUGUUUAAUAUUUUUAUUCACUGCAGGUUUACUAUCAACAGAAUUCGGGCGACUUUAUGCGGGUUCCAAUAACCGUGGACGAAAUGAUUCCAAUGUAACAUUUAUAUAUUCAAUAUUUCCUGAUCCGAUAAAUUAUUUUAAUGGAAAUUCUAUAAAUCUUAAAUUAGAAAAUCGCUGGAUGUGGCCAUGGUCAACAGCUACGUUAUUAUUUAGUUUGGUGUUUUUUGCGACAGGCGUGUUGGGUAUCAUUAGUGGUCAAAGAGAAAGUUAUUCGUCAAUUAUUACAUUUUUUAUUUGUUCACUAUUGUCAAUAUUCUUGUUAAUAUUUUUAAUAGCAACAUAUUCAACAAUAAUUGCUGGCUGGAAGAGUAUUUAUGGUGUCAUCGGAGGCCAGUCAAUAUCAAAAUUUGUACGCAUUGAUCAGAUUUUAUCUAUCGUUUGUCUAAUAAUUUCGUGUUUAUUAUUUAUUAUUUUUUUAAUAAGUCUUAUUGUAGCCGGUAGAACUAUUGAUGCUUGUGUACGAAAAACUAGUUUUCAACCACUUAAUGAAUAUGAACUCAUGACAGUGCACUCGGCAUAA